AUGCCUCGUUGUUGGCCCUCGUUCCGCUCCCGCUCCAAGAAGGAAGCGGGAGGGUCCACCAAGCCGAGGAAGCAGCCGGACAGCGGGUCCAGCGCGGCUGGAUCCACCAUCGACACCGAGACCGAGACCAAGACCAAGACAAAGACAGAGACCGACCACAACGAGGAGGAAAAUAAGACCGAGGAGAAGACCGACGACAAGAAGGACGAGAAGAAAGACAGCGACGAUGAGGCCAAGGACAGCGAGGACAAGGACAAGGAGAAGGAGAAGCCCAAGCUGGUAGGCUCCAUUGCCGAGGCCAAGAACAUCUACAAGGGCGCGUCGGACGAAGAUGGGAACUGGACAUGGACCGACAAAUAUCCAGAAGACGCCGAGGAGGCCGCCGAGAACGAGGAGACAGCCACAUACGCCGUCGUGGUGCGCAACCAGAAGAGCAAUGACAGCCGGAAGAAGCUCGAGGCACACAGCAUCAUCGUGCAGAGCCCGCAGAUCAGGGCUGCCCUGGCCGAGAUCAUGGCCGACUAUCCCGGAGUUGCGUGCGAACUGACUAGGCUCGAGUUUGAGGCGCCCUUCAAGCCGUUCGUGCACCGAUGGAACGAGUUUACCACGUACGUUGAGAAGCCGGACCUCGACGAGACGACCAAGGAGCACAUGAAGCUGCUGUACAAGAUUCUAAACUACGAGAUUGGUGACACCGUCAAGGCAUUCCACGACUAUGUCAAGAACGGCGUCGUCUGCUUCAAGGACCUCUGGAUGAUCUUCCAGCCAGGCAACGUCGUCAUCUCGGCCCACAUGGGUCCGAUGAGCGCCUUCGAGUGCGUCGAGACCGAGUACAUGCAAAACAACUGCGGCAAGUUCCUGCAGGUGCGCUGCGACUGCGUCGAUUACGGCGGAAAAGAGUUCGGCAGGUAUCAGGAGGCCAUCAACAUCCCUGAGUUUAUCGGCACCAAGAAGAUCACGGGUCUUAAGGUGUAUCCGCUCCAUUUCCACGAGGACAAGGAGGCCCUUGCGGCGAAGCUCGUCAAGCGGGGCGAGAUCUUUGAGAAGCUCGCCGGGCAUCACUACAAGCAGUAUUCGGGCAAGGCUAUCACAUGGAACCGCGAGGGCAACGAGGUCGAGUGCCAGAUCACGGGUCGCAUCAUUGUCGACAUUGACAGCUUCAACCGCUUCAGCCCCUGGCGCGUGCGUUACUUGAACGACUUCAACGCCAAUGACAUCGAACGCUUCAGCAAACAUAAGGAGCAGCAGGGGUUGGCCGACGACAAGUUCGUCCUGCCGCCGUACUACCAAAUGCUCUGCCGGUCCCGGACACGCGGCUACUCGCUCAAAUUCAAAAAGUGGCUCGACUUCUUCACCGAGCAGAUCUCCGAGGUCGUCUGGAACAGCACCGCCUUCGACAGGCUCGUCCUGCCGCCAGACCAGAAGGAGCUCAUCAUGUCCUUCUCCGAGUCGCAGAUCGCCGGCAGCAAGUUCGACGACGUCAUCCAGGGCAAGGGCAAGGGCAUCAUCUGCCUCUUGUCCGGCCCGCCGGGCGUGGGCAAGACCCUGACGGCCGAGGCGGUGGCCGAGAACCUCAAGGUGCCGCUGCACACGCUAAGCUCCGGCGACCUAGGCUCGGACCCGUGGGAGGUGGAGCGGGAGCUCAAUUCGAUCUUGGAGCUGGUGGCGCGGUGGAACGCCAUCCUGCUGCUGGACGAGUGCGACGUAUUCCUCGAGGCGCGCAGCACGCACGAGCUCGAGCGCAACAAGAUCGUGUCCAUCUUCCUGCGCACGCUCGAGUACUACGAGGGCAUCAUGUUUAUGACGACCAACCGCGUCGACGACAUCGACGCGGCGUUCCAGUCGCGCAUCCACGUCAGCAUCGAGUACCCGGACCUGACGUCGGCCUCGCGGCGCACCAUCUGGGCCAACUUCCUCAAGGGGUCAACCAUCCAGAGCUCGCUUACCGAAAAGGACAUUUCGGAGCUGGCCGAGCUCAAGCUCAACGGCCGCCAGAUCAAGAAUGUGCUCAAGACGGCGCAGUUGCUAGCGGCGCGCAAGAACAGCGAGACGCUCGAUAGGAAGUACAUUGAAACAGUGCUCAUCAUUGAGAAGAAAAGACCGGGCGCGCCGCAACAGAUGAUGCACUAUCUGUGA